UUCUCGACAGAUUCUCAGUCUCGGCCUCUCAAGGAAGGGUUUGGUGAGUUCGCUGGUGCAGUGUGAUCAAGAGCUCGGGGAUCAAUUAGUUUAGUCGGCAUGGAGUUCGAGACGAUGGCGAGCCAGCACGGGGCGCUGCUGAAGGUGGGGCUGUUCGUGCUGGUGCAGGCCCUGGUGUACCUCAUCCUCGCCCAGUCCUCCUCCGUCUUCUCCACCACCAAGACGCUCGGCCUCCCCCCGGCGCGCUCCCUCAGCGCCCGCCGCAUGGUUGCGCUGCUCUCCGACCUGCCGCUCGGCGGCGAGCCCUCGCCCCGCGCCGGCCCCGUGGAGCCGUCGUCGCCCGUGGCCCUCGCUCACCAGAAGAAGGAUUAGU